AAAUCACUCACAGGUUGCUUGCACAAUUUGCAGUGACAGACAGUGUCACUCUAGGAAAACUCUAGGAAUUUGUGGCACUUAGUUAAUCAUAGUGUGGUCUGUGUGGAGGAGCAGACCAGUGUUAGAGAGCCUCCUGCCGUGUUGGAUCUUUCUCUCAUAACCAGUAUCAUCAUCAUCAUCAUCAUCAUCAUCAUCAUCACCAUGGUCGUAAGUGUUGCUCUGAUCUGGGCAGUGCUGGUGGGAUUCUGCUGCCUUCUGUGGCUCGCUGUGGGGAUACGACGCAGGCAGCCUGGUGAACCUGCAGUGGAAAAUGGCUUCAUCCCCUAUCUGGGUUGCGCUCUGCAGUUUGGGGCUAACCCUCUCCAGUUCCUGCGCAGUCGUCAGAAGAAGUAUGGCCAUAUCUUCACCUGCAAGAUCGCAGGCCAGUACAUCCACUUCCUGUGUGACCCCUUCUCUUACCACUCAGUCAUCAGACAGGGCAGACACCUGGACUGGAGGAAGUUCCACUUUGCUACAUCUGUUAAGGCGUUCGGCCACGAUAGCUUUGAUCCUCGCCAUGGCCACACCACAGAAAACCUCCACCAGACCUUUCUGAAGACCCUGCAGGGCGAGGCACUGCCCUCCCUAAUUGAGAGCAUGGUGGGGCACCUCCAGGAUGUCAUGCUGAGGUCGGACACUCUCAGCCCCAGCAAGGACCGCUGGGAAGUGGAUGGCAUCUUUGCUUUCUGCUACAAGGUGAUGUUUGAGUCUGGCUACCUGACUCUGUUUGGUAAGGAGUUUGGCGAAGAUAGGUCUCAGGCUCGGCAGGCAGCUCAGAAAGCCUUGGUGCUCAAUGCUUUAGAGAACUUCAAGGAGUUUGAUAAGAUCUUCCCAGCGUUGGUGGCUGGCCUUCCCAUCCAUGUCUUCAAGAGCGCCUACAGUGCAAGAGAGAACCUGGCAAAGACCAUGAAUCCUGAAAACCUGUCCAAGAGGGAGAAUGUGUCUGAUCUGAUCUCUAUGAGGAUGAUUCUGAACGAUUCCUUAUCUACCUUCAAUGACAUAAGCAAGGCCAGGACCCACGUGGCACUGCUCUGGGCUUCACAGGCUAACACGCUGCCGGCUACCUUCUGGAGUCUUUUUUAUAUGAUCAGGAGUCCAGAUGCUCUAAAAGCAGCUCGUGAGGAAGUGCAGAAAAUUCUGGAGGAUGCGGGUAUGACAGUUGACCCCAGUGACCCCUCACUAAACCUGACCAGAGAUCAGCUGGACAACAUGCCAGUUUUGGACAGUAUCAUAAAUGAAGCCAUGCGUCUUUCCAGCGCUUCCAUGAACGUGCGUGUUGCCAAGGAGGACUUUUUGCUUCACCUUGAUAACCAGGAAGCUUAUCGCAUAAGGAAGGAUGAUGUCAUUGCCCUGUAUCCACCCAUGCUGCACUAUGAUCCAGAGAUCUAUGAGGACCCAUAUGAGUAUAAGUAUGACCGUUUCCUGGAUGACAAGGGUCAGGAGAAAACUGUCUUCCACCGUGGUGGCAGGCGGCUGCGUUACUACUGCAUGCCCUUUGGCUCUGGGGUCACCAAAUGUCCUGGCAGGUUUUUCGCCGUCUAUGAGAUCAAGCAGUUCCUGAGUCUGGUGCUGUCUUACUUUGACAUGGAACUUCUGGACCCUGCCACCAAAGUUCCACUUCUUGAUCAGUCCCGUGCUGGCCUGGGAAUCCUCCAGCCAACAUAUGAUGUGGAUUUCAGGUACAAGCUGAAAUCGAACCACUAGGUUCUCUGUUUGCCCUGCAGAGUGACUGCUGUACAUAUUGUACAUAGUGUAUAUUUAACAACGUUCAUGUCCAGGCCUUGUUGUAUAUGUAAAUAGACUCAACUGUAUAUUUUUCAUUGCUUAUUCUUUAAUUUGCUGUUUAAGAACAUGUAUUAUGCACAUAUGGUUGACAUAUGUAUUUCUUAAUAGUGUUGUGUUGAACACUUCUGUCUCUGUUGGACCAGUCUACAACAUUUCAGAAUAAAAGUACAGAGUAGCAUCUUCAGUUCCUGUGGAAAGACAGCCCUAAAGCCAUAUACAUUUAUUUAUGUGUUUUUGCAUAAUUGGCUUCUUCACAAAAAAUCUUGUAGUUACAUUAUGCUCAACUGUUUUUCAGUAAAAAGAAUUUAAGCUAGUUUCACUAUAGAAAUACAUAUAUUUUUUAUAAUCAGGAAUACUGAGAUCAUUAGUCCACCCUUCUAUUUUCUGUCUCUGUAUUUCUUAGACAGUAUAAAGACAAACCAGAGUACACAUGAAACUCAUUCAUUAUGCUCUUUGACCACUUUUUGGUACUUUGUCAUUUCACGUCAUUCAUUUGUAAGCUAUAAAUGUUGAGGUAAGCAUGACUAAACUCUUUUUUAUUAAUCGGUCAAUUAAAUUACCGCAAUCAAUAUCAUUUGAAUUCACCUUGUAACAGUGGACCUUGGAGUUUGCUCCUCCUUGGCUGCCUCCCUUUGAAACAGUGUUGUCGGUUAACUUUUAUACGUCUCGGUGUAGACGUGUCUGAUUGUUGGCCGAUGGUGACCUUUCUAUCAGUGUACAUCUACCCUCUCAGUAUUGCAAGGCAAGCUGCUUCGCAAUGAGAUAUUUUGUGGCUGGUUUAGUGCAUGAGCAUACGGCAGGAUAAUGCACACAGAGGUACAAACUUUAAAAAAUGAAGGAAUGCUUUUUUGCACAUAUCUGUAUGAUAUUUCUGUUGCAGCAGCAUAGCUAUACUCUAAUGAAGCUAUUUGAAAAGAGGACUGUUAGCUCUGUUGGCUCUCAUACUGUGAAUUACGUAAUAAUCACACACAGCAAAUGGAUAUUGACAUUCACAUUAAAACCUUGUCAGCUUCAGUCAUCGUUUAAAAUGUUCUGAAGUGGAAGUGCAUCCUGUUAUUGGUGUUAAUGAUUUCAUGUAAAAACACAACUCCACAUCAAUACUGGCAUGUCUUCAGCUUCAACGUGACUGUAAUUACUACUGUAGUUUGGCUGGUUCUGUAAGUGGAGGAAAUGUGGUUCCCUAAAAAAUCUGAUGGCAAUGCCAAAUGCAAGUGUGACCCACGUGCUAGUGUUGACAUGUACAUGUUGCGCAAACAGAUAAUAAAUCAAUACAUUUGUACACCUGUCUGUUUGUCG